UCCAAUUAAACUAUAGACGAGACUAUACUACCUUCAUUCUUCUUUUUUCAUCUCUCACCGAUCGAACCCACAAGACAUUCUUCUUCUUUUCCGAUUUUCUCUCAAUCCCACACCAUCAAAGUCUUCAAGAUUCUGUAUCAAAAGCAUUAUUUGUACAUAUAUAAACGCAUAUCGUCCUCUUUAACGCACUCUCUGGGUCUUUGAAUCUUUGUGAUUAAUACUCGGCAUUGAUUGUUUGAUUCGAAAAGAAUCCGUUUUAAGCGAUGGAUCUUGGGUGCAUUGACAUGGGUUGUAUUGAAAAGCAAAGCGACGAGGCUUUUCUUGACUCAGAAACCAGUACAAACGGGUCUGGACUUUCGAAUUCCAAGAACAGAAAGAUGCAGAACAAGGGAUUGACAUCACAAAUGAGAAAGAACCCUCUCCGAAAAAGCUCCCCUCUCAACUGGUUUCCAAGGAAAAAGGUGGACUCCUUCUUGAAGAGAAAAAUAAAACAGCUUCAGGAAGUAGGGGGCAUGAAUUCUACACUUGACGAGACUCUUGGUGACUCAAAUCCACAUUAUUCAAGAGUUUUGAGAGAGAAAAUGGCUGUUAGCGAGGCUGCACACAAGGCGAUGGAGACACGGAAGGCUGCAAUGGUGGAGGCAUCUUGGUGUCGAAUACUUCGAGCAGCGAGGAUCCAAAGUAAAGAAGCGGAAGCUCUCCUGUUGGAAGCUGAAAAAACUGCAGCAGAAGCCUUUGAAGCAGCAACAUCGAUCGGUGUAAUCAUGCACGAUAAGCCAGAUUGCCCUUGGAAAGACUAUGAGAUCGAAACAUCAGAAAGAUCCACCACUGCUCUUGCUGUUACAGCUUCCUUUGAGACUGCAUUUGAAGUGGACAAACAAGUGGCUGCAGCAGUCAAAUCUGCAUUUGUCAAGCUUGCAAGUUGUCGUUCUAUUAACAAGGACGAGUUUAAAGAACUUUUGAGAAAAAUAAGUCAGCAUCCAGAUAUCGAUGAAGGAAACCAGGACUUAUCUGAGUUAUCUUCGGAGUGUGAAUCAGAUACUGCAGCAGAAUUUGAUCCAGGAUUUCACCGGGAUAGUUUAUGUUCUCAAGACUUAAAGCUCGACUGUGAGAAGGCAGUAGAAGAAGUAAGAGAAAGGAAAUACAAGAAGAAACAGCCUUUUCAAAAGUUCAACACAACAAAGCUUGUGGACAUGAUGCUCGAUAGGCUGAGAUGCUUGCAAGAAGAUGAACUUGCUUCUCUCGCUAUUAUUGUUGCAACUUGCGGUUUAAAUGCUGCUCUAGAGGAAGCAGAAAACUUUAAGCAGACUGAUUUGGUUUCUGCUUCGGACUACACCUCUGCUCAAGCUCUUAGGAGAAUAUCUUCCGUCGGAGGAGGAGCAAGGAAGCAAUUUGAGGCAGAACUUCCUAGCCUAGACAAGUUUCUUGUCAAGCGCUUGACAAAACUUGAAAGAGAGGUGCUAGAAGCAAAAAAUGCCAGAAUGAAUGAUAAGGAAAUUGAAGAGAUGAAAGGGAAUAUUCCAAAUCCAUAUGAAACGAGAAGUAUGAAAUUGGAAAGAAGUAGGACACACAAUGGGGUGAUGAGGAACAUGAAACAAGAUAUCACAGAUUUGCCGAGCCUGGAUAAGUUUCUAGUGAAGCAUGUUUCCAAACUCGAAAGGGAGGUCCAAGAAGCAAAAAAUAGAAGGGAUUUUGAGCCAACUGAGGGAGGAGUCAAGGUUACUGAUUUCGACAAGAAAAGCCCUUUGGUUACUCCAGCACACACAGUAGAUGAAAUUACAACUCCAUUGUGUUGUGAUAGAGAGCAAAUGGGGAAAGAGAACAUUGACCUGAACAAGAAAGGAGAUGGAGGACUUGAAACGAUGAAGAAGGAAUCGAGGCUUAUUUCAAAGAUUGAAAAGCCGGGUGAGCCAUUGAUUCAUAUGCAAACGAUUCUGGAGGCACCAGAAACAGUAUCACUUCAAGAUGGGAAAAAUGAAAGCAAAGUGAUAGGAAAGGAAAGACUUGGAGUAAGUGACAAUGGGAUUCAUCGGUACCAAAAGAAAUAUGGAGGAACAACAAGUGUUGGAGACUUUGAAAGCUUGGAUAAAGUUUUAGUAAAACAUGUUUCAAAACUUGAGAAGGAGAAAAUGGCGAUGGGUUCAAAGGAAGAACUGGUGAGAGUGAAGAGAAGGGACCCUAACACACUUUCCGACACUAAUGAAGGUAGUUUGGACCAAAUUUUGGUUAAACACAAAUCUAGACUAGAGAAGGAAAAGAUGGCUGCUGCACAGCAACCGGAUGACCGAAUGACUCAUUUUGUAUCGCGAAGAGAAGCAAGGGAAAGAGAGUUGCAAGAAGCAUGGGGAGGCAUAGGUUUGGGAAACUCUAUCCAUCCACAUGUCUCAAGACUUGAACGAGACAAGUUGAAGAGAAGGGACCCUAACACCGAAUCAGAGAAUACUGAAGGCAGCUUGGACCAAAUUUUGGUGAAACACACGUCAAGACUAGAGAAGGAAAAGAUAGCUGCAGCUCAGCAACCAGAUGACCAGAUUAAGCAUUCAGUAUCGCGGAGAGAUGCAAGGGAAAGAGAGUUGCAACAAGCAUGGGGAGGCCUUAGUUUUGGAAACUCUCUCCAUCCACAUGUCUCGAGACUUGAACGAGACAAGGCUGCUUGGCUCAAAGCUGAAGAAGAGGAGAGGAGGAAUGCUAUGGAGGUGUAAAUUCUUUCAAGCAAUGCCUUUUCCUGGUUUUGUUCUAGUGAAUCCAGACAUGUUUUUUCUUUUCGAUGUACAAAUUGGAGUUAAAGGCUUUUUAAGUGAUUUUGUGUUUGAAUUGGUUGACCAAAAAUCUACAAAGGUUUUCUCACUCUUGUGAAGUUUCUGUUAUUGUGGCAACAGUAUAUUCUUCCACCUCUUAUUUGUAAUAACCAGAAGCCAAGCCUGCUGUCA